AUGCGGUUCCUUGCGCUCGUGGUGGCGGCCACCUGCGUGCUGUCCACGCAAGCGCUGACUACGCAUGAAAUGAGGGAAGAGAUCUCCUUCGACAGCCUGGAGGUGCCGGAGGGUGGCCGCAAGUUGGCCGGCGCUCAGGUGGACACGACGCUCUGGGCCGAGAACUACACGCCGGGCCAGGUCAUGGCGGCGGAGGACGAGGAGCGUGCGGUCGGCGUCUGGCCCACGUCCAAGGGCACGGUGCCACUUACCAAGCCCCGUGUGGUGGGGCCCACUACCCCGUUCGACGGUGGCAUGAAAACCUACAAGCGCAGCAACGUGGCGUUUAAAUCCGGCGCGAAGAUGACCAGGGCGAACGCCGUGUUCGUCGUCCAGGCCGGCGGCACCCUCAGCAACGUCAUUAUCGCCGGUGGCGGCGGCGUCUUCUGCGAGACGCACAACUGCGCGCUGGUGAACGUGUGGUUCAAGGGAUCGAUCCAGAGCGCGCUCCACGUCAACUCGGGCACGGGCAUCACGACCAUCACGGGCGGCGGCGCCAGAAACGUGGCGCACCGCGUCGUCUACGGCCAGGCCUCGGGCACGGUCGUCGUCAGCGGCGGCUUCUACAUGGAGAACUCGGGCAGACUGUUCGAGUCGUGCGGCACGUGUGGCCCCGUCAAGCGCGGCGUUAUCGUGGACGGCGUCGUGAGCGUGAACCCCACUGCGGAGCUCAUCCGUGUGAACCAGAACUACAACGACAGGGGCACGAUUUCCAAGGCGACCAUUUCGACGGCCAACAGCCUCCCGGUGUGCACGCGCUUCAACGGAGGCGCCACCCCCAGGAAAGUCGGCAACGGAGCGGCUCCUCCCGUCUGCUCGUACACCAAGGCGGCUGUGACGAUCAAGUCGCCCGUGACGCAGUCCUAA